AUGAGGUCAUUCAACCAGGUUUCAUCAGCCCCAGGCGGGGCAGGCAAAGGUGCUGGAGAAGAGCCCGGGAAGCUGCCGGAGCCGGCAGAGGAGGAAUCCCAGGUUUUGCACGGAACUGGCCACUGUAAGUGGUUCAAUGUGCGCAUGGGAUUUGGAUUCAUCUCCAUGAUAAACCGAGAGGGAAACCCCUUGGAUAUUCCAGUCGAUGUAUUUGUACACCAAAGCAAACUAUUCAUGGAAGGAUUUAGAAGCCUAAAAGAAGGAGAACCAGUGGAAUUCACAUUUAAAAAAUCUUCCAAAGGCCUUGAAUCAAUACGGGUAACAGGACCUGGUGGGAGCCCCUGUUUAGGAAGCGAAAGAAGACCCAAAGGGAAGACACUACAAAAAAGAAGACCAAAGGGAGAUAGAUGCUACAAUUGUGGUGGCCUUGAUCAUCAUGCCAAGGAAUGUAGUCUACCUCCUCAGCCAAAGAAGUGCCAUUACUGUCAGAGCAUCAUGCACAUGGUGGCAAACUGCCCACAUAAAACUGUUGCACAGCCACCCGCCAGUUCUCAGGGAAGACAGGAAGCAGAAUCCCAGCCAUGCACUUCAACUUUCCCUAGAGAAGUAGGAGGAGGACAUGGCUGUAUGUCACCACCGUUUUCUCAGGAGGCUAGGUCAGAGAUCUCAGAAAGGUCAGGCAGGUCACCUCAAGAAGCUUCCUCCAUGAGGUCAUCUGCAGCACCAGAAGAGCAAAGCAAAAAGGGGCCUUCAGUCCAAAAAAGGAAAAAGACAUAA